UAGACUUCUAUGUGGCGACAGCCACAGUGAUAAAUUAACGAUCGAAAGUACCAAAUUACAGUGUUUUUCACUCUUUUUCAUUAUGGACCAGUGUACUGCGUAUUAUUAAAUCUCGCUUGCAAAGUAGGCAAGUUUUGAAUAGAACAGAAUAGAGCAGAAUCGUUUUCAGUCGGCGAUUAUUACAAAAACUCUGCGAAGCUACCUGCUGGAAGAACUAGGCCCUUCGCACGAGAAUCGAACGUAGUCGUGCGUUCAAUCGCCAAAUCGGAAUAGCAUUCAUAGAGACGAAUAUGGCUCUGAGAAUGAAGAUAGCAAAACGAAUGCACCCGUGCAAAACAUGCAGUUUUGAAAAAAGCAUCGGGAAAAAGUAUCUCAGUGAUUGCAAGGUCGUCAAACGUGUCAGCGAUGAAGUGCAAGCCCAACCUGUUGCGAUCGUCAAAGCAGAGCCGCUGUUGGUGCAAAAAGAAACGUCGUUCAAUGUCGACGCGCUGCCAAUUGGCGUGCAGACGAGAACCGGACAACUCGAUCCGAUCGAGAAACUCGAGCGCCUUGGUGGCGGACCGAAGCGCAGACGCCUCGUGAAAGCCGAAAAAGUUGACGUCGACGGCGCAGCCAGUGACGUUGUAAAAUCUUUAACGUCGUGCAUGGACACUGUAAAACUGCUCGUCGCCAAUUUACCUCGUGAUAUUACUCAGCCAGAUCUAUUUCGUCUCUUCGGCCAUUACAGUUCGUUUCAAUGCACUUACGUAAUUCAUGGCGAGGCUUCGGACGAAUCGCUGCAUAAGGCUGUACUCAUAUUCAACCAUGAAGCUGACGCUAAGCAGGCGAUGGAGCAUUUUAACGGCCUAUUGCUCGACGGCUGUGACGUGGCUCUGAAGGUAGAAUUAAUCAGCUUGACGCGCAGAUAUAGGCCUCAUUAUCGUCCAAGGAGAGAAUGGCGUGACGGUUAAGUGGCAUCGGUGGCAGCCCAGGAUUUACGGUCUUUGGAGAAGUCGACGUCACGUUGAGAUCUUCCUAUCUGCCAGAUUUUGGGCUUCACCUCACGACCCUAUGCUAGCAAAACUCACAGCUUUACUUCCAAUGUAGAAUUAGCGAGGUGAAAUAAAAUCCAUGACCGGCGAAAGACAAAGCAGAGUAAUGUUAGCCAUCCGUCGGCGUGGCACGCAAGUCUUGUUCGCGCAGAUUCUCGGCACUGCGUGAAAAGCCCUCGAGCUACCUUCGGCAUCCUUGUCUCUUUAGCUCGACGCGGGGGGGCGGGAGAAAGUUUCUCUCCAGUGCCUGUCAGUAAACGCGACGGUGGCGACACUCGAGGUGGAGAUCGACGAACGAGAUAAAAGGAUGUGGAGCAGCAUCCUUAUGGACUGGUGUCCGUAUUUCCAUGCGGAUCGCACCCGCGGCUUCGUCCAUACCUUGUUGCCA